AGAGACCAUACCCUGGGUAUUGGGGAAGGGCACAAGGCGAUGAGAUAAAGCGAGGACCGGCUGCACUUCACUGCGCACCAUGCUUCAUUCAGGCACCGAAGGGGUGUGCCUGCUCCUCCUGGGGCUCCUGGGGUCUUUACCUGUCUCGGUGGAGGGGAGAUCGCGGAAGCCUAAUGUUGUUCUGAUUCUGACAGAUGAUCAGGAUGUGUCUCUGGGAGGCAUGACCCCACUGAAGAAGACCAAGGAGUUAAUUGCAGAUCAUGGAAUGAUGUUUUCAAAUGCUUAUGUUGCCAGUGCCUUGUGCUGCCCAAGCAGAUCCAGCAUUCUGACUGGGCGAUAUCCACAUAAUCACCAUGUGGUCAACAACACUGUAGAGGGAAACUGCAGCAGCAAAGCUUGGCAGAAGACUCAGGAGCCAUACACUUUCCCUGCACUCCUUUUCUCUAUCGGCUACCAGACUUUCUUCGCUGGGAAGUAUCUGAAUCAGUAUGGCUCAGAGGAAGCUGGAGGGAUAAACCACGUGCCCCCUGGCUGGAGUUACUGGUUUGCACUGGAGAAAAAUUCAAAGUAUUAUAACUACACGCUGUCAGAAAAUGGCCGACCAAAAACCCAUGGGGAAAACUACAGUCAAGAUUAUCUGACUGAUGUAUUGGCCAAUGUCUCACUGGAUUUCCUGAACUACAAAUCUAACUAUGCACCAUUCUUCAUGAUGAUUGCAACACCCGCCCCACACUCUCCAUGGACUGCCGCCCCUCAGUAUGAGACUGCCUUUUUGAAUGUCAGUGCUCCUAGGGGAAGUAAUUUCAAUGUUCACGGAAAGGACAAGCACUGGUUAAUUAGACAAGCCAAAUCACCGAUGAGCAAUUCAUCAAUCCAAUACUUAGACAAUGCUUUUCAGAAAAGAUGGCAAACUCUACUGUCUGUUGAUGAUCUGGUAGAAAAACUUGUAAAGCAGCUAGAAGCCCGCGGCGAGCUGGAUAACACCUUCAUCUUUUUUACAUCAGACAAUGGAUAUCAUACUGGCCAGUUCUCUCUGCCGAUAGACAAACGGCAGCUUUAUGAAUUCGACAUCAAAGUUCCACUUCUUGUUCGAGGGCCUGGGAUCAAACCUAACCAGAUAACUAAAUCGCUGGUUGCAAAUAUUGAUCUAGGCCCAACCAUUCUGGAUAUUGCUGGCUAUGACUUAAACAAGACACAGAUGGAUGGCAUGUCAUUCCUUCCAGUUAUGAUAAAUAAUAGUAAUGUAAACUGGCGAACAGAUAUUUUAGUUGAAUACCAAGGGGAAGGAAGCAACACAUCAGACCCAACAUGCCCAGCACUGGGCCCGGGUGUUUCUCAAUGUUUUCCUGACUGUGUAUGUGAAGAUUCAUACAACAACACAUAUGCCUGUGUGAGAACUAUUGCAGCUGCCUAUGACUUGCAAUACUGUGAGUUUGAUGAUGCAGAGGUCUUUGCGGAAGUGUAUAAUAUAACAGCGGAUCCAAACCAACUAACAAACAUAGCAAAAACCAUCGACCAGGAGAUCCUGGAGAAAAUGAACCAUCGUCUUAUGAUGCUACAGUCUUGUUCUGGACCAUCAUGUCACACCCCAGGAGUGUUUGAUCCAAGGUACAGGUUUGAUCCUCGGUUGAUGUUUACGGAGCAAGGGGAACAAGGCCGAAUCAGAAAGAUUUUGAAAUAACUUGCACAUGACUUGGGCGAGGACUGGUCCAUGUCUGCUGGCUAUCCGUGUUGGGAAUCAAUAAUUGGCUGGCCACCCUAUGAAAUAUGUGAAUGAAAACACUUCAGUUGUGUUUCCUUUUAAAUGACUGAUCAGAGUUUGUGUCAGUUUUGGCAUUCGUCUACACUCACGACUGCAUCUUUGGAAUCUUUAAAUUUAAAUGCAAAUACUCCCCUUGGAAAAAGGUAAAUAGCACAGUGCUAUAGAUCGUUUUCUUUGCUAAUCAUAGAGAAAUGAACUGUUGUCUAUUUAAUAAUCAGAGGAGGAGAAAGGAUAAUAGCCAGGCCCUAUGAUUAUCUGCAGUUCUUAAGCUGUUAUGGGUAAAUCAGAAUUUCCGUCUGUCAAAAAACAAUUUUGCAGUGUAGAAAAUCACACCUAUGUUGCAUUAUGCAAGUACAGCUUCUGGCUUUGCCACAUAGUGGUUAGUUACUGGGGCGAAAACAAAGCAAAAUGCAACAUAUCAAUUAAAUAAUAUCACCCCUACCAAAAACAACCUUACCAUGUCUUGUAAUUACAGGUUUUGAAAGGGAAGCCCUAUUUGUUUUUUAGCAUUUGUUUUAACCUGUGCUCUCUACAAGACGCAGUGCUACAAAGCAAUGAUGUUAAAGGGAUACUGCCAUUUAAUUAAGUUUUUAUUUGUCUCUGACAAUUGAUGAACUAUUUUCUUCUUAUCAAAUAACUGACUUGGAUAAUAGCCCACUGAAAGGAUUCAUUGCAAGAUUCUCUAUAUCUGAAAGUCUCAGGGUUUCCAUUGUUUACUUUUACAAACCAUAGAUGUGAGAACAAUGAGUGAGACCGGAGAGGGCUACUUAGAGCCAAACAAAGCCCCAUACUGCAAAAUAACAAAUCUGUGCCAAAUUUGUCACAUAAAUGCAUUUUAAUUUUAUAAAUAUAUCCGAGUACAGUCCAGAAUAUGAAUGUUGCUCCUGCCCGUGGAAAAUGAACAUAGGGGGAUGUGCACCCAUCCUAGUGUAUAAUCCAGUGUGGUGCUGACUAUGAGCUUGGACAGAGUUUUAUAUGAAAAUUAAAUUUUUAUACCUUAUUUCAGUUUAAUUGAAUAACAUUCACUAGGGAUAUCCACUCUCUGUUUGGUAAAUAUCCAGGUAGAACAUAAGACUCUAUGGACAGUUAGGCAUUUAAAGAUCUCCCCAAGAUGCCUACCUUGAGGAGAUGGGAAUGUAGAUAAUUGAGCAAGAAGCCAGUGGUCCUCACCCAUACAGGAUUUUUAAAAGUGCAAGAUUAAUAUCUGCCUAAUUUUUGGCCUGAUUAUCAGGCAGGCCUAAAGGAUGGCCCUAUACACAAACCAAUAAGCUGCAAACUUGAUCAGGAAGGACCAAAUCAACUGCUUUUAUCAGCUCAUGUAUGGCCACCUUCAGUAUGUACUAAGGUACAGAGCUUCUUUAUUGCUUUCGGCCCUCCCUAUUUCACCUUGCAGAUCUCACAGUCUGGUGCUGUGGCUAUACUAGUUGGAUCACUGCUGCAAUAGCUUUAGUACUGCAGGUGUAUCUUUUAUAGAUAUGCCUACAGCACUAUUUAUCUCUCCCUACUCAAUAUCUGUUGAUGCCUGUGUCUGAAAAAUGUUUACUUUUUUUUUUUAAUCCCUGAACAUGUUGUGUUUCUAUGCAUCAUGUUGUCAAAUGCAGUCUAAGCUCAGGCUUCUUCAAACAACAGAAAACUGCAUAUAAUCCAUAACUAAGAUAGGAUGUUGGGAUCCAGCUGAGUUGCAGGACCAAAAAGAUAUAAGGGAUAGUACCUAGCAAUAAUGGAAUUUUAGCAGUACAAAUACAUUAUGUAGUUUUUGGCCUCCAUGGUAUCUCUUCCAUGGCAUGAAGUGGGGCACUGCUUGUGAGCAAGGUUCCAAAACCUGUUGGGUUGUUCACUGUGGGUGUAUGGUGGGGAGCAAAAUAUGGGAUAGUGGGGUCCAGCCUUAGAUAUUUCUGAAACAAUAGUAGAAUCACUGAUAGUGAUAGUUUACAUCUCCUAACCUUGCUAUGCACUAACUGGGCCCUCAGUAAAUUCUGGACAACAUGAGGGGCUGGAAUAGACAAAGUGGUUUGUAUUUGAAGAGAUACAGAAAACAUUAUAUUGAUUUUGUGUCUGUAAGUGGCUGCUCUGGCAUAAAGCUUCUGCCUCUGUGAACUCAAGCACAUCCUGCCUGCUUGGAGUUUGUCAAGUGCAAGUCAUAUAUAUGUCUGUCCUGCUCCCCAGAGGGUUGAGAGAAAUUACUAUAAAAGUAUUCAAUAUCUAUGUACAUCAGGGAUGCCCUACUCUCCACAGAAGUCACAGAAUUACUGAGUAAUCCUUAUAAUGUUAAGUUACUGAGACCCCUCCAGCAUACAUACUCCAUUUUUUUCAUUACAAUUCAUGCUUGUUUUGGGGCAUUUCCAAGGAGCUAACAUAUCUAAUUGUUAUUCAUUAACCUAGAGUAACAUGGUUUUGAGAGUGUUAUAAUCAGAAAUGCUUAAUCUGGUAAAUCAUUAAGUGUAACAUUAUAUUGGAUAUGUAUAGAAGAUUCUAUUGCUGACAGUUUUCUGUCUUUCUCUACCAUGUUAUAUAGUUAUUACAUACUGAACCAUUAAAUGCUUAAAACUCUAGUUGUGGAAGGGAAGUUCAUAUAUUUAGCAAUGCAAAAUAUUCAUCAUUUACUUUUACUUGUAAGCAGCUUACCCAGUUUUUGUUAUUAUAAAUUCAUAUUUAUCAUCUCCCACUUUAAUUACCCCAGAGGAAUUUACUCAGUGGCCCUGACACAUUCAGUGAAUGUCUAUAAAAGACUCUGUGUUAAUUAUAAACUGUAGCUGUGUUCCUUAUAGGCUAGAUGUGUUAGAUAUGACUUUAUGAAAAUAAUGAUAGGAAUUGUGCUGGCCAUGAUAGAUGAAAUUGUUGUGAAACACAAAAGUGAAUAAAGAACAGAUAUUAUUCAGCUGCAGGAUGGGUGGCUGGGUACAGUGCUACCGUAUAAUGUAACUUUGCUGGCAAUAAUGCAACAAUUAAAUGCAAGGGUCAUAGAUAGAUGUAUAGCAGUUCCCUUUUAUAGACCAUGCCACUUAGGUAAACAAUAUAAUAGCACCCAUGUGCUAAAUACAAAUAUGCAGAGAAUAAUAUUUGGCACCAGCCCUUCCCUGUGCCUGCACCUGGAGGCCAUUACGUUGGCCUGGCUGCAGUUACACUGAGUGGAUUUCAGCACUGAAACACAGGAAAGGUUGAUGUAAGUAUAGGGGCUGAUCCUCAGCCUACAGAUAAACACAUUAAUCAGAUUAAAGUUCCCCAUACACCAUAAGAUCUGCUCGUUUGGUGAUUUCGCCAAGCGAGCGGAUCUUCUCCCGAUAUCGGGAGAAUCCAAGGUAAUUCGAUCGUUUGGCCCUGGGGCCAAACAAUCAAAUUAUAAUGACGGGUAUAGGUAAAGUCGGUCCGGGACUGCAUCAAUGAGCCAAUGUGGUCCCUGAUCCGACUAGAUUUUCUAAACUGCCCAAUCGAGAUCUGGCCGAUUUCAGGCCAGAUAUUGGUCGGCCAGGCCCGUCGGAAGUGCCCAUACACGGGCCGAUUAGGUGCAGAAUCAGUCUAAGGGACCGAUAUCUGCAGCUACUAUCGGCCCGUGUAUGGGGACCCUAAUGCGGCAUUUGCCUUAAAUCUUCCCUUUAUGCAGCCCUCAAAGGAAAUACAGCUCUGGAAGCCAAAGUUAUAUACCCUUUACAUUUCCAGCUAAAUUAUGCUUAGUACUAGGGAAUACUUAUACUUAGUUACUGCGUAACACAAGUCAGCACUAGUAUAGGUAUUCCCCAGCACAGGCUUUAGAAGAACCCAGGGAAUUUUUUCCAUUGUGAUGAAGAUUGCAAUAGAACCUGGGUCCAAGCUGACCGUUGGCAUGGCCCCUGUAAUGUCAUACCAUGGCAAAUGGGAAAUAUUUCUCUUAUGUAAAUCCAAAGGGAAAACAAAGAAAAUCUGACAUAUUACAUAAAGAUUAGCCUUUUUGGACAUGUAGACAGAUGUGCUGUGGGUGGCCUGGCAAGAUCAUAAAUCUGCAGUAAUAUAUUACAAUCCUUCUCCCAACACAAAUAAAUAUUUAGAGGGCCAACCUACCUAUAAGACACCUAAGUGUGUGUCACCUGACAUACAGGAAACAGCAGAGCGCACCAUGUUGCGGAACAUUUGAUUGCACUGGUAAUUUGUAGCUGCUAGAAGUUGAUUGUUUUCCUUUUUAUUAAUCAUUUUUUUUAUUUUCAUUGAAUGUUUGAUCCUCAUAUCUAUUGUGGAACUUGCUUUUGUGUGUGCGUGUGACCAUUUUCUGUAGAAAGUGCCCUUUGACUGACCCUGUUUGCUGCUGCACUUUUUCAAUAAAUGAUAAUUAACUCUUA